UCUGGUUGCAUUUUUUAAAUUUAUCUCCAGCACACACCUGCUUUCAAUUUUCGUUCAUUCCCCCCCCUACUUCUCCCUUUUAUUCCUCGUCCGAACUCCGUCGUUGCCGGCGUCGAAAAAGGAAAGAGGCAUUAAAAAGAAAAAAAAAGGGUCAAAAAAAAAGCGACGCGAACAAGCCCGCUUCCCUCACAGAUCUCUCUUGCUGUUCUGGGUAAUAAUUAUCUAUUCUUGUAGAAACCGUCUUUGCUCAUCGCCAGAAGGAGAGAUCAAGAAGUUCAUGUUCUGGAGCUCUUCUUGAUUCCUCCUCUUCGGUCGAGCUGAUUCGAUCUCGAUGUCUCCGGGAAUGAGAUCGCGGGAGUGAAGUCAAUCUUGGAGAGGGGAUGGGGGAGAGCAGGCUGGGGACUGUCGGUGCGCUGAGCCUGUCAGUGGUGUCGUCGGUGUCCAUUGUGAUCUGCAACAAGGCGCUCAUCAGUACCCUCGGGUUCACAUUUGCUACUACUUUGACAAGCUGGCAUCUUCUGGUCACAUUUUGUUCCCUUCACGUGGCACUAUGGAUGAAAUUGUUUGAGCACAAACCUUUUGAUCCAAGGGCUGUAAUGGGCUUUGGAAUACUUAACGGAAUCUCUAUUGGGUUAUUGAACUUAAGCCUGGGUUUCAACUCUGUUGGUUUCUAUCAGAUGACAAAGCUGGCGAUCAUUCCUUGCACUGUACUAUUGGAGACUCUUUUCUUCAGAAAAAGAUUCAGUCGGAGUAUCCAGCUUGCACUCAUCAUCCUUCUAUUUGGUGUCGGAGUUGCAACUGUGACAGACCUACAACUCAAUGUUCUGGGAUCUGUCUUAUCUCUACUUGCAGUUUUUACAACAUGUAUUGCACAAAUUAUGACAAACACUAUCCAGAAGAGAUUCAAAGUCUCUUCAACUCAACUCUUGUAUCAAUCUUGCCCUUAUCAAGCGCUGACCCUAUUUAUAACAGGUCCAUUUCUUGAUGGGCUUCUAACUAAUCAGAAUGUCUUUGCUUUCAAUUACACACCUCAAGUUCUGGUUUUCAUUGUACUGUCAUGCCUGAUAUCUGUCUCUGUCAACUUCAGCACAUUUCUUGUUAUUGGAAAGACAUCUCCUGUGACAUAUCAAGUCUUGGGUCAUCUGAAAACUUGUCUGGUCCUGGCAUUUGGUUACGUUUUACUUCAUGAUCCAUUUAGCUGGAGAAAUAUACUUGGAAUCCUAAUCGCGGUAGUUGGGAUGAUCCUGUAUUCUUACUUAUGUUUGGUGGAGAACCAACAAAAGGCUACAGAAGCAUCCACUCAGCUAUCACAGGUGAAGGAAACUGAGACUGAUCCUCUACUCGGCGCAGAAAAUGGAACCAGUAUUGCUGAUGCUGGAGCCCCCAAAGCCCCAGUAUGGAGUUUAAACAAAGAUUUCGAAGCAUAAACUCGAUCAUACCUGCAAGUUAAUUUUUAUUGGAGGCCAUGAUGCUGAAGGUGGUUGGGGGAAAAGACCUCUUUCUAUUGCACAAUCAAUUAGAACUCUUAAAGAACUUGGCGGAGUCGGAUGGUGUAUCCUUCUUUUUCAUAGCAAUUUUUUUUUUAAAAAAUUAUGAAUUAAAUGUGUAGACUAUUGAUUCUUGUUCAAGGCAUAUAAUCCUGUAGUCGACUUGAUCCAAACUUGCCCGUCACAAAUAUAAAUGGCUUCUUAGAUCUUGAUAGAAGCCUCAUGUCUUCUUUUUUUAUAACCUAGUUUUUUCCCCAAUAUUUAAUAACUAAUCAAUUGUAAUUAUAGAGAGGAAAGUGUGCAUGCUUUUUAUUUCUAAAAAUAUAUUGUAUCUCAAUCUGAUUAAUGUUUUGUA